ACUGUUCAGUUGGAAGCGCGCGCGUCGGGCGAGUAGAUAUUAACAGGAAAAAAGGUUUUGUUUUUGAAUUUUUCCAGUAGCGACAUAUUUAACAUUCCGCUUGCGGUUGCAGCAGAAAUAUCGGGCAACGGUGAAACGGAGAAAGAAUUAAAUAAAAAAAAAAAAAGCGCUCGAGAAGCAAGCAAGCAAACGCUCACACGGCCACAGGUAGCUAGCUCUCCCGGCUGAGAAGCUUCAAGUGCGGGUCAUGCGGGUGUAUCCGGACUCAGGGCGAGUCGUGUCCCAGUGCUGCUAGUUCUCCGAGAAGCCGAUCAUCACUUCGCCUCCGCCGGACGGGGACUGAGGACGAACCAUGUCCCGAAGGAAGCAGAGUAAGCCCCGUCAGAUCAAACGUUCUAUUGGGGAUCUUGAUGGUGGAGAAGACAAUCCACCUGAUGAUGUCAGUCUCUCGGGGGAAGAGGCAGGGGCCUCGGACCAGGAUGACUCGGCGGAGUGCGAUGAGUCCAGUCCCUCCUUUGCGCCUCUUUAUAAUGAAGAGCCCAGAACACACGAAUCUCCAGACACACCAGACAUUGAUGAGGAAGAUGAGAAAGGCUGGAAACCCAGUGACGAGGAAGAGAUACAGAUGGAAGACAAGGAGGAGGAGGAGGAGGAGGAAGUGGAGUCAAACUGGAAUGGCCCAGAUGAUUUGAAGCUGUGUAAUGGACCAGAGGACUGUAAGGUUCUGGCUCGCAAGGACCUCUUGGUGGACACACUCUGGGGCCCAUUCUCUGGAAGCAUCCAGUCAGAUGAAACUGCAAAUGGAGUAUCCAAUCAGAGUCUGUUGUGUGAGGAUGUGGACUGUUGGCUCACAAGAAUCCCUGUGACGACCUGUUCCUCAGAAGCAAACUGCAUCAUUUACAGUCAAGGUGAUGGUCUGUACUGUAAGCUCACUCAGGAGCUCUCUAGUGGAGAUGCUUUAGUGGCCAUACUUUCCUGGACCAGCGCAGCACAGCAGGCUGAGACCCAAACUCUUAACCCCACAGUGAAGGAGGAGCCGGAAUACCCAGCAACCCUGCCUUCUGAUAUCCAGCUCCUCCCACAGCAGGCUGGCAUGGCUGCCAUUUUGGCAACUGCAGUUGUUAACAAGGAUAUAUUCCCAUGCAAAGACUGUGGGAUCUGGUAUAGAAGUGAGAGGAACCUGCAAGCUCAUCUCAUGUACUACUGUGCAAGCCGGCAGAAGCAAAAGGCCACGGCUUCCCCUCCACAGGACAAGCCCAAAGACUCCUACCCUAAUGAGAGGGUUUGUCCAUUCCCCCAGUGCAACAAGAGUUGUCCCAGUGCUAGCUCAUUGGAGAUCCACAUGAGGACACACAGUGGUGAGCGUCCGUUUGUCUGUUUGAUCUGCUUGUCCGCAUUCACUACCAAGGCCAACUGUGAGCGGCAUUUGAAAGUGCACACUGACACUCUAAAUGGUGUGUGCCAUGGCUGUGGAUUCAUCUCUACAACUCGAGACAUCCUCUACAGCCAUCUGGUCACUAGCCACAUGAUGUGCCAGCCUGGUUCUCGCAGUGAAGGCUACUCCCCCAAACUUCCAGUGGCCACAGGCCUGAGUCCUGGAGACUCUGGCAUAUUGCUGAAGUGUCAAGUGUGUGGAUUUUCAGCAGACACCCCUGCUCUGCUCCAACAGCAUGUCCAUACCCACCUGGAGGUCAGGGUUCCUGUUGAAAGGAGCCACACACCUCGCCAAGGUAACCCUGUAACCUCAGAGCUCUCUGAGUCUCAAGACCAAGAGCUAUCAGCCAGCAUGCCCAGACCAGACUCUUCCAGCCCUGGGGCCAAUGGUGGAGCAGCCACCUCCCGUGACUGCUGUUCUCCUGAGCAGCUGACGAUCAAGGAAGAGCCACAGUCUGACUCAGAGAGUGAAACAAGGGAAGAAGAGCAGGAUGGUAAUCAUAGUGCAAAUGCAACAGAGCCAAGCUCUCCUCAUCCUACCUCUCCUAAGAGUCCCUCGGUCAUUGCAGUAAAGGCAGAGCCGACCAGUCCCACUCCAGGCUCUAGCCCUGUUCACUUGGGAGCAGGGGGAUCAGUGUUACCUGGUGGAGCUUUGUUUCUGCCCACUUACCUCUUCAGCCCCGAGGCUGCCAUUAUGCCCCAGGCUUCUGAAAUCCUGGCCAAAAUGUCUGAAAUGGUUCAUAGUAGGCUGAAGAGUGGGCAGGUCUCAGCAUCUGCACAAGGUUUCUACUCCACAGGCUCUCCGGCUGGUGUCCUCAAGGGGGCAACAUGCUUUGAGUGUGACAUCACCUUCAAUAACAUCAACAACUAUUAUGCCCACAAGAGAUUGUACUGCUCCAGCAGACACCAGCAAGGGGAGGGAUCAGGCCUGGUAACAGAUGAUCCAGUAACUACAGCAGCCGUUACAGGUCAUGAUAACUCUCCACAAGCAGGACCAGGCAAUUCUACAACUUCAGCUUCCCCUAGCUACACUGACUCUGCAGUGGUUGACCCAGUUACAGACAGCCAGCCAACUGAGGUGAAGAGUGAGACUCCAGGACUGAAAGACACGGUAUGCUCAUCUUCCUCAGAGGGUGAGGGCGGUGGAGGGGGUAGGAUAAGUGAGGGGAGCCAAAGCCCUGCAGAAAUCAGUGGAUCAGCUGAAGACCUGGAUGAGGAUCCCACUCGUACUUUCUGUCAGGCCUGCAAUAUCCGCUUUAGCAGACAUGAGAACUACAUUGUUCAUAAGAAAUUUUACUGUGCCUCACGUCACGACCCUUCCAACCACCGCCUCUUGGCAGGCAAAGUUGCCUUUGUGCCACAGCCCAUUCGUACACGGAAACGCAAAAAGAUGUAUGAAAUCCAUAUGGCACGGAAUGAGGCCCUGGCUAGUGCUGCUGCCCUUCCUGCUGUACCAGGCAUAUCAGUGAAACAAGAGGGUGCCAGUGCCCACUCUGGGCCACCUGUGACCACAGUUGCCAGCUCUGCUCGCAGUUCUAGUCCAGAGAGUGAUGGCCCCAUUGACCUUAGCAAAAAGCCCUGCUUGCGGGAGAACUCGAGAGGAAAUAAUAUUCCAGCUUUGCCCCUCACGGAUUACCACAAAUGUACAGCCUGCAGUAUCAGCUUCAACAGCAUUGAGAAUUACCUGGCCCACAAAACUUACUACUGCCCUGCCACCGCCUUGCAACCUCAAACCCGGGAGCAGCUGCAUCGGCUUAAAAGACCCACUUCCACUUCCCCUAAGAACAGAGUUCCUGAUCUGCAUCCUGACACCAAAAGCCACCAAACUGGAAAGCCCACGGUGGUCCCUCACACCUCUGUCUUACCCAGUCUGGAGUCUACCUCUCAUUCUGUGACUGGGUUGAAGACCCCCAGCACUCCUCCUGUGAUUUGUCCUUACUGCCCUCCUAAUCGGGCAGUGACAUCUGAUCUGGUGGAGCAUUUCAGGACGGCUCAUGGGCUGGUCCUUACCACACAGCAGCAGUCUGAGGUUCAGCCACCCAGUGUUAGUCCCAGCAACAGCCUCAGCCCUCGUAAUGGAGCUCCAUUAACCCCUCCUAAACCAAGCCCCAGACCCCAGAGGGAUGGUCUAAAUGGCCGGACCAGGAGGGAUGCUGCCUCUCCCUCCUCUCCCCUGCUCAAUGGAAGCCCUGUAGCACAACAUCCUAUUGGGGCUGGCUCUCCUAAAGCAACCCCCCCUGCCCUCUCACCCACAGGCUCAAUUCUUUUGACUGUGUCACCUGUGUCUGACACCUUGAGAGAGUUGGGGUCACCAGGACAUACCACCACUCACUUGGUUCUCUCAGAGAAAGCUGUAAGCCACAUAGCCCCAACAACGCAGAAGGCAGUCCUUGCAACAGCAUUACAAAAUGGGAAUACUCGCUACUGUCGGCUGUGCAACAUCAAAUUCAGCAGCCUGUCCACCUUCAUUGCACACAAAAAGUACUACUGCUCCUCCCACAGUGCUGAACAUGUCAAGUGAGUCUGCCAUUCACACCAUUACCCUCAACUCUGCAAGUGCCAAGUGUCACAUGUGCAAGUGGCUUUGCCCUUCCCGAUCUCAACAUUGUAUGAAAGUGGGACUGUUACUAUCCUGGAGCUGAGGUUGCAAUGCCAACCCUGCUGUUUCUGCAGUUGUUACUAUGGUAACUUAUUGCUUAUUAUGGGUCACAUUUAUAUUACACUAAAUAAUUAAACAUGCUACUUGUGCACAGAAAUGUGCCCAAUUGACCUAUAACUAUCCUUAUAAUGGCCCACCACUGAGUUUAACCCAUGUAUUAUAUCUGCUGAUGGGACACUAGAUCCCAUAUUUAUUCCAAUUAAUUCACUCUUUUACUUUUGUUUUAACCAUUCUUGUGCUUGAUGUUGUUUAUUUCUUUCAAUGAUGGCAUCAUGCAUCAUGUCCCAUACCGAUUGUAGUUUUCCUGAGCCAUAAAUAGUUAUUAAUUUGGGGGAAGUCUGUCCCCCAAUGUAAUUGUAUAACUCAAGUCUCUUAAUUUCAUGAUGUACUACGAUAUUUUUGUCCAUACACUGAAUCAUCUUUUAUAAGAAAAAAGAAAAACAGAGUAACUCAAUAGAUACUGGUUUUGUGAAGUUAUCGGCUCCAGAUGGAAGAGUUGAAGAAGGGAAAUAUGAACUUAUGUGUCCUUUAAGUCUUUACUUAUUUUACUUUCACAGAAUACUACCUACUGUCUUUUUAUGAAAAAGAUUUAUAUUUUUGUUUCUGUGUAUAUAUAUAUUUUUUUUCAUACUGUUCAUAGCAACCAUUUCAAGGGUAGUGUAUUGUAUGUUCUUAGUUCUUAGGUAUGUGUCUAUUCGUGGUAAUUUCUGGGACACUGAGUACUCCUGUUUUCACAGUUGUCAGCAUUGCAUUUACAAUAUCUGAUUGGUAAGUGUUGGAAUAGUGCAUCAUGAGUGCACUAUAUUCUCUCUCAGUAUUGGCUCUGGGUCAGAGGUUUUAUAUGAGGUGGUUGAGAACGUCAGUCCAUUAUGAAUCUUCAUGAAGUUUUUUGUUUAAGAGCGAUGGGACGAGGAGGUCUGCUCAGUAUUCCUUCUGUCUUUAACUCGAUCACUCCACAGUCAGUCACAUUCACAGCCCUGUCGACCUGCUGAUAAUCUGUUGUCUAUACAGUACUAUGGUAUGGACACACUCUACACUCACUGGCAAAUCUUGAAUGGUGUGUGACUAUUGGUUGCUGUUGUUUCCAUUUUUAAUCCAGCAAUGAAGUUUAGCAUAUUAAAUAUAUACUUCAGAGGGUUCUAGCAAAAUGAAGAUUUACCUUAAUCUCUCUUGCAAGGUCUUGAGUCCCACUGGUAUCCCACUGCAUCCCUACAAUUCCCUCUCUGGCUCACUGUUCAUCUUUUGGAGUAUGGCAUUUGAAAGUUGCAGUGUAGUGCAGUCUUUACACUUUGAACAAGCUACCUUGCAAAGCCUUACUUGAUGACACAAAUGAGUAUGUCUGAAACAGCUAGCAAGUGGGCUUCCUUUCCGUUACUAGAGCCGUUUCUGGUGUUACAAAGAACACAGGCUGCUCUAGAGAGAGCGGGUGUGAUUUCUCUGUGCAGUGGGUUUGAAUUGGUGCUGCACCUGUAGUAUGCCACACACAAUUGUUUAUUAUUCUGUUGUUUUGCCUUUGCUAGCAAUCACAUACUCAUGACCAGUGCUGAAGGCCCAUUUUUACCUAUCUGGUUCCCGUUUUUAUUGCACUGUGUUGUAUAAAAAUGCUGAAUGUUUUACUUUAAGAAGCUUUUUUUUUUUUGUAUUGUACUUAAGUUUUACAGCACUUUUCCUUGUUCAAACCUACGCCUGAAGGACUGAGAAACAUUUGCAUUAACGAAGUUAAUUAAGGUAUUUUGUGUAUAAUUACAAAUUGUUGGAAAAAUGAUUAUGAAUGUCAUACCUUUUUUCUUUUUUAAUUACAGUCUCUAUGAAAUGUUCCACUACACACUUGUCCAACUAUGCAUGGGAAAAAAAAAAUAAACAGUCCUGGAGGAAAUUUAAAGUGCAAA